UAUAAGGUGAUAGAAAACAGAUUGGGAAGUUAUAGAAAACAGUUUAUUUACUUUGAAUCCUCUCUCUCUCUCUCUCUCUCUGUGAUUCACUUCUCUUAUAAAUAGCUACCAUCUUCACCUCCCUCAGCAUAAGCCUCAUACAACACCACCACCUUACACACAAGACCUAUCUGAAGGAGUCUUCAAAACAUCCAAUGGCCACUAACCAAUUCUUUUUUGCAAUUGCAACACUUGUUCUCUUUGACCUGUCCGAGCCCGCUUUCUUGAAAAUUGCUCAAUAUCGUGGUGGAAUCGUGCUCGUUGUCUUCCGAAGGGUGCCUUGUAUCAAGAAAGGAGGAAUUAGGUUCACCAUGAACGGCCACUCUUACUUUAACCUGGUUUUGAUCACCAACGUCGCAGGUGUAGGGGAUGUCCUCUAUGCAGUGUCAAUCAAGGUAUCCAAGACAGGGUGGCAAGCUAUGUCAAGAAACUGGGGCCAAAACUGGCAUAGCAACUCUGAUCUCAAUGGCCAAAGUUUGUCUUUUCAAGUGACUACCUGUGACGGUAGAACUGUGACAAGCUACAACGUGGUACUUGCUAAUUGGCAAUUCGGCCAAAGUUUUCAAGGGGGUCAAUUCUAGA